UACAUCUCGUGCUACAUGGAAACUAUAAAUAUGAUAAUACCCUCAACUCACCAUUAAGCACCGCUUCGAACAUCAGAAGAUGAUGACUACUGGAAAAGCAAUGAAUGUGGCUGUCGCCAUCAUCGUUAUCGCCAUUUCAAUCCUGCCGAACUUCAGUUAUGCAUCUCCAUGUCGGUUGAUGCCCUGCCACAAAGGACGCUGUAUUAAGACAUCAGCAUUCAGCGCCGUUUGCAGGUGCAACACAGGAUACAGAGGCUAUAAAUGUCACAUUGAUGUAAAUGAGUGCAAAAAAGAUCCAUGCCAUCCCGAUGCUGUGUGUAGCAACACUAGAGGAUCAUACACGUGCACAUGUCGUUCUGGAUUUGAGGGAAAUGGACGCACUUGUACAGGUAAGGUGUAGAAACAGCAUGUUGCA